AAAUUAAUGCCGAUGAUUUUGAAAUGAGAUAUUCGACGAGUAGGUGUCCACAUACACUACAUUACCAAAAGUAUCUCAACAUCAAACGCUGCUUUUCAUUACUGACUAGCAGAUGUCACUAAAAAAGCUCAGAGUAAUUAGCAAUUUUCUGCACAAUUUGGUGAAAUGCAGCGUUGACAUGCUAUUCGGAACGAGGAAACUCGGACAUUUCUGACUCGCUAAUUGGAUGAACGCGCACGUGUAUAAGUACAACCAAUUAGCAAGUCGGACGUUUCCUAUUUCGGACAAGCACGUGAAUGCUUCGGUUUCUCAUCACUAGUUUGAAGCCAAUAGUGCUACAGUUAACUCUCUCUCGCGCUAGGUUUAACUAGUUGACAAAUAGGCUAUUAUUUGCAAAGACUAGAAAGUAGAAAUAAAAUCCUUCUCGUCACCCACUUAGCUUCAAAAUCCCUCCAACGAACAAACUGGCACGUACACUUCCGCCACACUUUUAUAAGUUCCGCAACCACACCUACGUCAGUAUUAUGCGCCACAGGCUUGCGCGAGAGCGCAAUAACUUCAGAGACAUAUUAGUAUUAGAGACAUGUUAGUAUUAUGAGCCAUAUUAGGUACACCUUAAUAUGGAUGAGUGAUAUAACAGACGAUAACUUUGACAAUACACAAUCGAAUGGUUCUCGCUGAGUAAUUUGGUCCAACCGUGGUGAUGAUGGACUCCGCUGAGAGGUUAUUCUCAGUACCACAGGGGCUACCUUCUGCUUGGGACACUGUAACUGCAGCUCUGGUGUCUCCAGUGUCCAAUGACUACACAAUGUCUGAUGGGUCUCUCUGUGAGGGGCUUAGCCUGUUGUGCUCAAAUGGUCUGGGUCAGUUUCUGGAGGGAUGGCUCCUGGAGACUCUGCAGGUGCGUUUGACCACUGCAGUGGCCCCUGAGUUUUGGGCUGGACUGAAGCAGCCAGAGAAUGAACUUGGGGAGAAGGAUAGGGCCAGGAUCCUACUCAUUGCCUUCCGUACCCUUUUGGACAGACUAGAACCUUUCCUAGGAGGGUUGGAGAGGCUGGGUACCUGGCAGGAUGAGGGCCGGGGUGGUCUGUGUGGCCCUGGGGCCAGGGGUCUCCGGGAGAGGGCCUUUUCCGUCAUCAGGGCCAUUCUACUGUUCUCCCCCUCGGCUGUCCUCCAGAUGAGAAUACUGGAGUUCUACAGCAGGACCUUCUCUGUGCACAUGAGCCAGAAGGGGGAGGCUGAGGAAGGGGGCAGGGGGCCUGAUGGGGGUGUCUGUCUGGGCUGCACUGUCCCCACUCAGCAGUGCUGGUGUCAGGAGGCCCUGGAGCAGCUGCAAGAGCUCAGCCACAUACUGUCCAGGUUGCAGCUAUUGGAGCGGGUUAGUUCAGAGGCAGUGACGUCCAUCUUACACAAACUGAUUGAGCAGCGGAUGGAGCAGCACUGCAGGGGGGAGUACGAGAGCUCUUUCCUCUUCAGCUUUCAGGAGUGGCUAGAGCUGGUGUUAGGCUGGUUGAGCAGGGUGUUUGCCAGUGAAGAGGGUGGACUGGGUACGGUGCCCAAUAGCACAGGCAGCAGGGCUGGGGAGGUGGGCCAGCCAGCCAACGCCGUGCUGCAGCGCUGGAGGUGUCACAUGCACCAGUUCUUCUGCAGGAUCUAUGUCAACAUGAGGAUCGAGGAGCUCUUCAGCAUCAUUAGAGAUUUCCCUGAGUCAAAGCCUGCCAUUGAGGACCUCAAAUUCUGUCUAGAGAGAACCAAUCAGAGGCAGCAGCUCCUCACCUCCCUUAAGACAGCCUUUGAGACCCGUCUGCUUCACCCAGGAGUCCAUACCUCUGACAUCAUCACUGUAUACAUCUCAGCCAUAAAGGCCCUACGGGAGCUGGACCCAUCUAUGGUCAUCCUGCAGGUUGCCUGCCAACCAAUCCGCAAGUACCUCAGGACGCGGGAGGACACGGUACGUCAGAUAGUGGCCAGCCUUACUGGGGACGCGGAGGGCUGCAGUGACCUGGCCAAUGAGCUGUCCCGUGCCGACCCUGUGACCCUGGAGACCCAGGACAGUGAGGACGAGGGCAGCGACCCAGAGGAAUGGACCCCAGACCCUAAGGAUGCUGUCACAGACAAGACAGGCUCCAAGCGGCGUUCGUCUGACAUCAUCAGUCUUCUGGUCAGCAUAUACGGUAGUAAAGAGAUCUUCAUAGAUGAGUACAGAACUGUCCUGGCAGACAGACUUCUCCACCAGUUCAACUACAAUACCGCCAGGGAGAUACGUAACGUGGAGUUACUCAAGCUGCGAUUCGGAGAGUCCCACAUGCACUACUGUGAAGUGAUGCUGAAGGACGUGGCUGACUCACGGAGGAUCAACACCAACAUCCGUGAAGAGGAGUCCAGGCUAGGUGAGGAGGAGCAGCCCCCCAUGGCCCUGACUGCCAUGAUCCUGUCCUCUGAGUUCUGGCCCACGCUGAAGGAGGAGAAGAUGGAGCUCCCGCUCCUGGCCUCCCAGGCCAUGGAGGCCUACACACACCGCUAUGAGAAACUCAAGGCGAUGAGGACACUGAGCUGGAAGCCUCAUCUGGGCUCAGUGACACUAGAUGUGGAGCUGGAGGACAGGACUCUGACUAACCUGACUGUGUCCCCCAUCCACGCUGCCAUCAUCCUGCACUUCCAGGACAAAAGCUCGUGGACUCUGGAGGAGCUGAGUGGGGUCCUGGGGGUGCCGCAGGAGGUGGCGAGAAGGAAGCUGGCUCUGUGGCAGCAGCAGGGGGUCCUGAAGGAGGAGGCUGGGGGACACUACUCUAUCCUGGAGACCGGCUCGUCCCGGGAGAAACCUGAGAGAGGGGAGAUGCUGAUCGACAGCGACGAGGAGGGAGACUCCAAUACCACCACCCAUUCAGAACAGAGGGAAGAGAAACUACAGUUGUUUUGGGCCUACAUCCAGGCUAUGCUGACCAACCUGGAGACCAUGACCCUGGAGCGCAUCCACUCCAUGCUCCGGAUGUUCGUUGCCACGGGACCCGUUGUCACAGAGAUGGACGUGAAUGAGCUGCAGGCCUUCCUGCAGAGGAAAGUGCGAGACCAUCAGCUCAUCGUGUCCGCAGGUGUCUACAGACUGCCAAAGUCCACCAACUGAUGGGGAGAGGAGAUGAGGAGGAGGAGGAAAGAGGUCGAACUGAAAAACGGAGGAGGACCUGAGCCCUAGGACCAUGCCUCAGGACUACCUGGCAUGAUGACUCCUUGCUGUCCCCAGUCCACCUGGCCGUGCUGCUGCUCCAGUUUCAACUGUUCUGCCUGUAGCUAUGGAACCCUGACCUGUUCACCGGACAUGCUAACUGUCCCAGACCUGCUGUUUUCAACUCUCUAGAGACAGCAGGAGCGGUAGAGAUACUCUUAAUGAUCGGCUAUGAAAAGCCAACUGACAUUUACUCCUGAGGUGCUGACUUGCUGCACCCUCGACAACUACUGUGAUUAUUAUUAUUUGACCAUGCUGGUUAUUUAUGAACAUUUGAACAUCUUGGCCAUGUUCUGUUAUAAUCUCCACCCUGCACAGCCAGAAGAGGACUGGCCACCCCUCAUAGCAUGGUUCCUCUCUAGGUUUCUUCCUAGGUUUUGGCCUUUCUAGGGAGUUUUUCCUAGCCACUGUGCUUCUACACCUGCAUUGCUUGCUGUUUGGGGUUUUAGGCUGGGUUUCUGUAUAGCACUUUGAGAUAUCAGCUGAUGUAAGAAGGGCUAUAUAAAUAUAUUUGAUUUGAUGUAGUAGAGCUUGCUGAAAUGAAGUCCUGUGAGGAACUCCUGACCUCUAGUGGAUCAUUGUGGAAUCUUAGAUUUGUGUAUAUCAAAUUCGGCAUCGGAGUUUGUCAUGUGUACUACUUGCUUGGAUUUUGGUUUAUUCAACUCUCAUGGAUUUCAACACAA